UUUGCGUAAAGAGGUCGGGCGACUUUCAUGUUGAGGCUCCGUAGCUGCGUAGCUUUAGUGUGUACUUUUGUGCGUAAAUGAGACGCAUAGCGGCGUCUCCGCCCUCGCGCACCGCUGCUCGAGCUUCGUUCUGCCCGUUAGCGUUGACAGCACGUGAGGACGUUACACCGAUGUGCGGCGGGGAGACGGCGCCGUGCACGCGCCGGACAGGGUCCAUGUUUACAAGGCGCUGAGAGGCGCGGAGACGGAGCGCGUCUCGGACAGACCGGAUCUCCGGUUCUUCUUCACGGAAGAUGGAAAGCGCGACUUUGGCGGAAGGAAACUCUUGGAAUUCCGGGUUAGAUAACAAGUUAAAAAGUCCCAGCGCGACGUCCUGGGGACCCGCAGGCGGUGAUGGCGGUGAUGGCGGCGGCAGACAGACCGCAGACGUGUUUAACGGGAACCGGAGCGCGCAGGCAGCCGCGGGAUUAAACAUGAGCAGCAAAGCGGCCAAAAGCGGCCGUGGAUUUACAGGAAACUCCACGUCCCUGCUGUUAAAAAGGCGGCGGCUGAAAAGAAACCUCUCCGCCGCCGCUGGUGGGAAAGUGAACCCGGUCCCGGUGCCGCCGUCCUCCAACACACUGGACCGUAAGACGCUGCUGAAGCGUCGUCAGAACGCGCAGCUCCAGGCGGCCGACCGUCAGUGGGUCCGUGCCGAUCUGCACCGCGGCUCCGUCCACGUCCACGACAAGCUCGCGCCCUCCAGCCCGCCGAGGCCCGUCCUGUGCACGCUGGACACCACGGCGUCGGAGAUCGCGUUCCGUCUGUGUCAGCUGGGCGGUAAGACCGCGUCCGUGGUGCGCGUCGGGACCAGACUACACACGACCACUGAUGUAAACGGGAACUGCCGCAGCCGACAAGACGUCGUCGGGGAUGUCGGGUCUGAGCCGAGCGACAGGUUGAGACUGUUAUUGCUGCCCGACACGGGACUGUUUCUGUUUCCAAGUCCCGACCCAGACGUUCUGGACAACUUGCGCACGCCGAAGGACGACGACGACGACAACGAGUGCGUGGGAGGCCGCGGGCGACGCUCUGUCUCGGAUGACGAGCUGAGCUCUAAGCUGUGUGAGCACCGGGACUCCCUGAGCGAUGACAUGGUGUUGGGGACGGACGCGUCUGCACUGAGUCCGGCUUUCGACAGCACCACUGAGGGUCUCGAUACGUACGGCAGCUCCUCGGACGAGCUUGAACUCGAGGGACCCCCGAGCAGCACCGCUGACCCUGACCUUCCAGAGCUGGAUCACUUUACUGACACUGUUAAGGACCGACCAGAGCAAAUGAGCCUGAAUUCGGAUUCCGUAUCAAAGUCGGGCGACGAGCCCGACCUUCUCUCGUCCCCGGUGUCCCGGUCCCGGGUCGGCUCGGCUUCCGACCACGACUCGUCUCCGGCGCUGUAUGUCCAGCUCCACGGCGAGGCGGCUCGUCGGCUCGCCCCGGACGAACGACCGCUGCAGCUGCAGAACGACUUCCUGUUCAAGCUCGGCUUUAAGGAUCCGUGGCGCGUCCAGGAGGAAGGCAUGAACACCGAGUUAGGGUCCCUGCUACGCUUCUACGCAGGAAAGCCGUACAACAUGGCAAGUUCUGAGCGCGUGCAGCUCUCUGGGACUUACAACGUACGCAAAGGCAAACUGCAACUACCCGUGAACCGCUGGAGUCGCCGGCACGUCAUCCUGUGUGGCACAUGCCUCAUGGUGUCAUCAAUUAAAGCCAGUCAUGCGGGCAAAAUGCACAUCCUGCCCCUGAUCGGGGGAAAGGUAGAGGAGGUGAAGAAACACAGCCACUGUUUGGCCUUCAGCUCAGCUGGACCUCAGAGUCAGACCUACUACAUCAGUUUUGACAGUUUCACAGAGCACCUGCGCUGGCACCGUCAUGCUGCCAAGAUGGUCUCUCAGAGGAUCAGUUCAGUGGAUCUGUCGUGCUGUAGUCUGGAGAAACUUCCUCCUAACCUGCUCUACAGUCAUGACCUCACUCACCUCAACCUGAAACACAACUUCCUCCCUGCAGACAACUCACUGAAGCAGCUCCAGAGGUUCUCUCGAUUGCGGAGUCUGAACCUGUCCAAUAACCAGCUAGGAUCAUUCCCUCUGGCGCUAAGCUCCAUCUCCACCCUCACCGAACUCAACCUCAGCUGCAACUGCAUCAGCAACCUUCACCCCAGUGUGGGCAACAUGCACAACCUGCAGACAUUGCUGUUGGACGGGAACAUGUUGUCGUCGUUGCCGGCGGAGUUGGGCUCGCUGCAGCGUCUUUGCUACCUCGGGCUCUCCUUCAACGAGUUCAGCGGCGUUCCGUCCGUCCUGGAGAAGCUGAGCGCCGUCGAGCGUCUCUGCAUGGCAGGGAACAGAGUGGAGCAGCUCAUGUUACAGACCUUCCGCCUUCUGAGCAUCAAAUAUGUCGACCUGCGACUGAACCGGAUCUCCAGCGUGAUACCGGACCAGCCAGACUUCUUGCGUCACGUGACCCAGUUGGAUGUGCGAGACAAUCGUCUGAGCGAGCUGGACGCCUCACUGUUUCCUCGUCUGGAGGUGCUGCACUGCCAGAGAAACCGCAUCACGCGGCUGCGGCUCCGAGGAAGCACGCUCAAGGCCCUGUACGCCUCCAACAACGAAAUACGGGAUCUGGAAGCCAGUCCAAUAGCGUCCAAUCUCACCUACGUGGACAUCUCAAGGAAUUGUCUGGAGGUGUUACCGGCAUGGCUGAGUGACAGCAAGAAGCUGGAGGUGAUGGAUGUCAGUCAUAACUACAUCAGAGAGCUGCCUCAGUGGUUAUUCUGCAGUAAUAGUCUGAGGAAGGUCCUGGCAGGUCAUAACCGUCUGCAGCGGCUGCCUGAGCGAGUGGAGAAGCCCUUGGUGGAGGUUUUAGACGUCCAGCACAACCAGCUAGUCGAGCUGCCAUGUAACCUCUUCCUUAAAUCCAACAGUUUAAGGUGCCUCAACGCCUCAGCCAAUAAGCUCGAGAGUCUGCCACCCUCCAGCCUAUCAGACGAGAGCAACAGCAUCCUGCAGGAGCUCUACCUGACCAACAACUACCUGACUGACAAGUGCGUGCCUCUGCUCACUGGACACACACACCUGAGAGUCCUGCACAUGGCCUACAAUCACCUGCAAACAUUCCCUGCCAGUAAAAUGGCCAAGCUGGAGGAGCUGGAGGAAGUGGACCUGAGCGGAAACAGGCUGAAGGCCAUACCCACCACCAUCCUGAACUGCAGGCGCAUGCACACACUCAUUGCCCACUCCAACACUAUCGAGGUUUUCCCUGAAGUCAUGCAGCUCAUGGACAUGAAGUGUGUAGAUCUGAGCUGUAAUGAGUUGGUGGAGAUCACACUGCCUGAGAACCUGCCCCCUAAACUACAGGAGUUAGACCUGACUGGGAACCCACGUCUCAGCCUGAACCACAAAACCCUGGAGCAGCUCAACAACAUCCGCUGUUUCCGUAUCGACCCGCCCCCAACUUCCUUCUCAGCCAAUGAGGCUGCAGGUGGGCCGGCUGUCUGGAGUCACGGCUACACCGAGGCAUCUGGAGUGAAGAACAAACUGUGUGUGGCAGCUCUGUCAGUGAGCAGUUUCUGCGGCAAUAGAGAAGCUCUAUAUGGGGUGUUUGAUGGAGACAGGAACGUGGAGGUGCCGUAUCUCCUGCAGUGCACCAUGAACGACAUUCUGGCCGAGGAGCUUCACAGAACCAAGAGCGAGGAGGAUUACAUGACCAACACCUUCCUCGUCAUGCAGAGGAAGCUGGGCACAGCUGGGCAGAAGUUAGGUGGUUCAGCCGUUUUCUGUCACAUCCGGCACGACCCAACCGACCCAGCAGGCUGCUUCACCCUCACUGCUGCCAACGUGGGGAAGUGUCAGGCAGUGUUGUGUCGCGAUGGUAAAGCCUUACCGCUUUCACUGCUGCACAACAUUGGGUUGGAAGAAGAGUACAACCGCAUACGGCAACACAAAGCCAUCAUCACUGAGGAUAACAAAGUGAAUGGCGUGACUGACUCCACACGGAUCAUGGGCUACUCCUUCCUGUAUCCAGCUGUUCUGCCGAGACCAUAUGUUCACACACUCCCUCUAACAACACAUGACGAGUUCUUCAUCUUGGGCAGCCGUGGCCUGUUUGAGGCAUUAGAGCCCGCUGAGGCAGUAGAGGCUGUGCGCAAGGUUCCGGAUCCACUCGCCGCUGCCAAGAAACUGUGCACUCUUGCUCAGGCGUAUGGUUGUACUGAGAGCCUGAGUGCUGUAGUGGUGCAGCUAAACGUGACUGAGGACUGCUGUUGCUGCUGCUGUUGCUCGUCCUCCAGUGCCCUCCACACAACCCCACAGCCACCACCUAGUCCCGGUCCUGGUGCGGGCCUCUAUCCGCCCUCAUCUGGCAUACCACCUUCUUCCUGCAGCGAGAUCAGCUCAGAGGUCAGUGCCUCGGAGAUGAGCUCUGAAGUCGGGUCCACCGCUUCCUCAGAUGAGCCUCCGAUUCUGCUCCAGGAGGCACACCUUCACCUCCAUCAACCUCCUAUCCCAAACCCACGCCUGCUCUCCUGCUGCUCUCUCCACCCAACACCUUCUUCAUCUGCAAUCAUGACCGCCAGUUCUGGCUCCUUUCAGCGGCAGUUAUCCAGUGCUACUUUUUCCAGCGCACUCUCCGAUAACGGUCUGGAUAGCGAGGAUGAAGAGCCCAUCGCAGGAGUCUUUUCCAACGGCAGCCGACUUGAAGUGGAGGCCGACGUCCACUGCUUGCGCCUUCUUGCACCUCCACCUCCCCCUCCUCCCUGCACCCCUGAAAUACCCGAUGACAUAAUACCUCCAGAACCAGAAACGCCACUGAUCUCUAGCGAGACUGAGAAAGAAGGAAAGCAAAGUGAGAAGCCAGGAAACAGCACAGCAUCCGAUGCAUGGACCAAAACCCUGUCACGCAGGAGAGGCAACGGCUCAGUGGCUCCACACGAGACGAGCCACAACCUGAUUGAAAUAGCAGCUGACGCGCCGUCUAAAAAGUCUGGUGGUUAUUUCACAGCCCCCGCGAUGCCUGACCCUGACGACCAGCUCAUUAUUCCACCCGAGCUGGAGGAGGAAGUGAAGGAGAUAAUGAAGCAGCAUCAGCAGGAGCAACAGAAGCCCAGCAAGAGUGAGCAGCCUACUGAUUACUACGACACACCGCUGUGAUGGCACAUACCAUAAAAUGCAUGGUUUCCCAAUCUCAGGCUUGGAGUCCCUCUGCACUGAACACUUCAGUGUUUUCCCUGCAGAUUACAUGGAGGGUGGAAAUAUUAGAAAAUUAGCUGAACCUGGCAGUUAUUAGGAAAAUAUUGCCACUGUUAAGGUAUUUCCGAGGACUGAGACUGGAAAACCCUGCUGCAUUUUCCACGGUGUCCACAAGUAUUUGUUUCUGGCCUGAAGGAAAAAAAAAAACCACCUUUAAUUCACUAAUAAGUGAAGAGUAAAAACUGGUGAAAUUGGCUGUAAGUGUCGAUAAACUUCUUGUGCUAUAGCAUGACGUUUAUCUGCUACAACAAACAACACAUUUAUUUAGUUAGUUCCUGUCAGCGAUACCAUUGCCUUUUGUGGAGUUUUCCUAAUAUUUGGAGUUUGUUUUUUGUUUUGUCCGAGUAAACCGUUUUAAGAUUUUUGCAUUGAGAGUUACGUAACUAAUUUUAUUUAGGCCUUGAGUCCAGGAGAUAUCACAAAAUCAGGUCAAUAUGGCAAUAAAUAGUUACUCGGUAGCCUUAAUUUAUCGAUUUCUCUGUUUCGCUCAUUUUAAAAUAGUCAUUGUUGUUCGUUAUGUGCUUAAUAACUAUUAAUUAUAUUGUGAUAUACUAGUACAUAGCGUAUAUACGCUUUAAUGAAUAAUUUAUUCACGUCCAUGAGAAAUGUAACUUUGAAUUUAAAUUAAAAUUUUGGCCUCGAUACGUUAAUUUCAUAGCCACAUUAUUAUAUGACCCAUCAUUUAGCCUCAGCGUGUUUGAAUAAGAAAAAUAAUGAUGGAUAAACAUUAAACAGUUAAACAAAAGUAUGACCAAUACAUGCAAAAGCAACAAAGAGUUUUAAACAAAUGUUUAACACUGUACUACAGAGGCAAUGAUAGCGUUGACAUGGUAACAGGAAGUAAUCGUGUUAUGUAGAUCGGAUAACCUUCACGCUACAUCGUGAAGUAAUCUACAGGCCUGUAGACAUGGCAGCUCUCCAUAGAGUUCAUAUAAGAGCCAUUUUAACACACACACACACACACACACACACACAGUUUACAGUGUGUUGUUCAGCAUUAUCACAUCCUCAUUACACCACCUCCACAUCCAUGGCGAUGCACAAAUCCAUUUCCUGCAGUCCAAACCAAUAGGAGCCUUUCCCCGCGAGCAGACCAAUAGGACAUCCGAGUAUCCCUUUAAGAGACUCCAGUCCCAUCCUGCACUCUAUUGUGCUCCGCCCCUUUAAGAGCUCAAAUCAGCUGACUACUGACCUACUGACUGUUUAGUGUUUAUUUACGUUGAAAAAAGUGACAGUAUCUAUAGAGUUCAACACUAGUCUUGCGAAGUUAUAACUCAGUACCACUCAACAAAAUUGUGGAUUUUCACAUUUUAUUUGAACAUUUCUUGUUCUUUUUUUUUUUUUUUUUUUUUUAUUCAACUUACCAUAUCUUUUAUAUGAGGAAACACUGCAAAAAGACUUUUACGAGCAAUGAAGGGGUAAAAAAAAAAAACCCAAGACAAAGCGCAGAUCGGUUUUGUUUGAGAUGGUGAUGUGUAGUGCACACCAGUAAUACCACGCUUAUCUGUUGUAGAUAGGGCACUUAUGUAAGACUGUAUUUCUUCACUAAAUCAAGGCUUUGUGCCUGUAAAACUAGAAAUUUAGUAGAAAUUGAAAAAGACUAACUCCUAGGAGUUGCUUACUCUUUAUGGUGACCUAGUCACUUUUUUUUACUAAUCUUCUCUGCGAGAAAUGGUGAUUUUUUUUUUUUUUGUUUGUUUGUUUGUUUUUGUUUUGUUUCUCGUUCCAAUGACUGUAAAUAAGAAAUAUUGUAUAAGGAUGCUUUUUAAAGGAACUGCGUGUGUCUGUAAUAAGCUUAUCCCUUCCUUACACGUGAAAGUACAUAAAGGUAUUCAGUACAUACUACAAAUGACUUUGAAUCAAAUGACUGCACACUUUGCUCGGUCCUGUUCUCACUGGUUAACCGCAGACACAAACACAAACAACUCAUUCUUCUGUUGUCACCAGCAUGACCAGUAAAGAUUAUCUGUAAUCAAAACCACACAAAAUGUUCCUGGUUUUUUGUUUUUUUUUUGUUUGUUUGUUUGUUUUUUUGUUACAAUAAAUUCUAAAUUUAUCAUG